AUGCGUCUGAGCGGUGCUUUACUUGUGCUGCUGUCGGCAGCAGCGACUGGUCGAUGUGCGGCACCAUCUGGACCUUGGGACACAUUCAACCUCGCACCUGCGACCAGGGUGGUACGGCCUACGGGCCUGAAAGAGGUCGUUGGUGCGGUCCAGAAUGCUCAAGGUCUUCUGUCAGAAACAGGCGCCGCGACGUUCUCCGGCAAUGAGUCCUGGCUGACGCUGGACUUUGGUAAGGAGGUCGGGGGGCUCAUCUCGAUGACACUUGAAAGUGCUUCUCCCUCUUCCUCGCUGGCCCUGUCCUUCACAGAGUCGCCUAUGUUCAUCAGCCCGCUGACAUCUGACGACUCAUCAAACUCCGCACCGAAUAUGUCCUACGACGGCGUUCUGCACCUGCAGACGCCGCUACAGCCCGGGCUAUGGACGCAGCCAUCUGUGAGGCUACGGGGUGGCUUCCGGUACCUCACACUGGUGUCUACAUCGAACGCAGCCAUUGCCGUCUCGAAUGUGUCAUGUUCCAUCUCGUUCAUGCCGCACGUCGACAACAUGCGCGAGUACAGUGGCUAUUUCUAUGCUUCUGAUCCGGUAUUCCAUGACAAGGACUUUCUGACCAAGGCAUGUGCAAUAAUCUGGUAUUCGGGCGCGUAUACAGUGCAGACAGAUACGGUACCGUUGCACACCGGCCGACAGAUUCCGGCUGUGUCGUCGCCUGGAUGGGCGAACAAUGCGACCUUAGGUGUUGCAGGCCCUAUCAUUGUCGACGGAGCGAAACGAGACCGUGCGGUCUGGCCAGGUGACAUGGGCGUCGCGGUCCCUACACAAUUCGUGUCGACAAACGACCUCGUCCCGACGCGGAAUGCACUCUCGACGAUGUUCGCCGCGACGAACCCGUUGACGGGCGCACUGCCUGAGUCCGGGCCACCGCUCUCGCAGAUGGGAAGUGACACCUAUCAUAUGUGGACGCUCAUCGGCGCGCAUAACUACGUGCGCUUCUCGGGCGACACCGUCUGGUUAAGUGGCGUGUGGGCGAACUACACGAAGGCGGUCGGGUUUGUGCUCGGGAAAGUCGACAGCUCUGGGCUUAUGAACGUCACUGGUCUCCGCGAUUGGGGGCGCCUGGAAAGCGGCGGGCACAACGCCGAGGGCAAUGCCUUAUUGUAUCAGGUGAGUUGCGAAUUCCUCUCCACGGACCUUGCGAAUACUCUCAACGACUCCGCCUUGGCUGCGAAUUGGUCCUCAAGCGCCGCAGCGCUGAAGACACGCUUCAAUGAGGCAUUCUGGCUACCGUCCGCGGGCAUGUAUAGCGACAAUGAGACGACAACGCUUUGUCCACAAGAUGCGAACUCGAUGUCGGUGCUGUACAACCUGACGACGUCUGCUGAACAGGCGAACUCAGUCAGCGAAGGUCUGACGAAAUAUUGGAAUGACCUGGGUGCCAUCGCCCCUGAGCUGCCAGAUAACAUCUCGCCGUUCAUCGGGUCGCUGGAGCUCCAAGCGCAUUUUCAGUCCGGCAACGACCUGACAGCCAUGGACUUAUUGCGUCGGGAGUGGGGGUAUAUGCUAUACACCAACCUCAGCGUGCAGUCAACGUUACUGGAAGGCUUUACCUCAAACGGUUCCCUCUACUACCGGUCAUACCAAGGCUACAGCUACGAUGCCUCCUACACAAGCCACUCGCACGGCUGGAGCUCAGGGCCGACCUCGGCGUUGACGUUCUAUGUUCUCGGGCUGACGGUGACGUCUAACCAGGGUCGUACGUGGUCCAUCGCGCCGCACACAUCGGGGCUCUCUGCUGCUCAGGGCGGCUUCGAGACGCCUUUGGGCUGGUACGGCGUGCAGUGGUCGCUGGAGGGGAAAACGUUCAAACUCAGCGUAGACGUUCCUGCAGAGACCAGCGGCACUGUGCGUCUACCGCUUGCCGGGACGGUCACCGUCGACGGGAAGAGCACGUCUGUUGGAGGUGGAGCUGAGAUUUCUUUGGCUGGAGGUAACCAUAGCAUCGUGGUUCAGUCGUAACCAUGCAAUAUCUGCUUUAGGCGCGACAACCUUUUGUACUAAAUGCUCCAAUUCUAAGCACACCAGUUUCUCGUUCCGAGUCGUUCGCGCUGCUGCUUACGCUCUUGGGUUUCCUGAUCGUCUGUAAUAGCAUUGUCAGACCGCC